UAGCAUAUGCAUGCAGACAACUGGCCACUGCAAUAGUGAGUGUUUACCGGGAUGGUAUGGUGAAACAUGUAAUAUAAAAUGUAGUAACACAUGUUCCGGGAACGUCUGUAAAACACUGUCUGGAUACUGUAAUAAUGGCUGUUCAGCUGGAUGGUACGGGGACACAUGUGAAAAAACCUGCAGUAGUUCCUGUUCAAACAAAACUUGUAACCAAACGUCAGGCUUCUGUCAAAAUGGGUGUAGUCCAGGUAGCUAUGGCGACAUGUGUGAAACAGAGUGCAACGAUACUUGCCACGAUAAGACGUGUAACCAAAUCAGCGGUGGCUGUAUAUAUGGCUGUGCCAGUGGAUGGUUCGGUGACUCAUGCGCUGAGGCAUGCAGCGAAACAUGUUUCAACAGAUCAUGUGACCAGUUUUCAGGACUUUGUGAUGAAGGAUGUGUUUCAGGUUAUUAUGGUAGCAACUGUGAGAAAAACUGCAGUUAUGAUGUCUUGUUCGAAUUAUGUGACAGCAGUACAGCGUCGCAGUGUUCACGAGAAUGCACGACAAUGGUUAUGCAAGGCGUCUGGAACAAAUUUUCAGUUUCAUCCACCAACCGGUUUUCUACGUUCAACUUGACAGUUAGCACGUAUAUUCUAGCUGGAGUUGUUUCUGCAAUAACAUUUGCAUUAGCGACAUGUUUCGUCCGAAGGACCGUACUAAAUAGAAGAUACAAUCUCCAAAAUAAUCUUGAACUACCAACAAUAGAAACUACGGAGCCAAUAUACGAAGAAAUAGAUGACAUUUAUGAUAGCCCAACUUUUGAAAACGACCAUAUUCACGUUUCUAGAACAAGCUCUAAUCGUGAGAUUGACGGAUUUUCAGUUGAUGAGAAGAGCAUGAUAACUGCAAAAUCAGCAUGUGGCAUAUCUCAUAGUUAUGAACUGAAACGAGCUGAACCUGUUUGCCCCUGCCGAUGAAGCUAUGAAAUCCCAGUAUCAAGUGUAACCUUGAUGUAUGGAAAAAUGGAUGUUGCUGGAAUUGAUGAAAAACAACAUAGAAAUCAUCAAGAUAUUUCAGGCAUUAGUAAUGACUUUGAAAGAGAGUUUGAAUGUAAAGUUAUUAAUUCAUUCCAUUCUAGCUCUACAAGCGAAUUUGAAGAGACUGAAAAGGAUAACACAUAUGAUGGAGUGAACGAGAACCAAGGUGAUGAAAAUCACCCGAAUGAAAACCCUGCUACAAUUGCUAAUAGAGAAAGCAUACUUUACCUGCAUCCACAGAUAUGACUAUGUGUAAACUGUUUAGAGUCUUUGAAUAUUUUUUGUGUUUGGUGGAAAUAGUAAGGUCGGAUAUCUGAAGAGACUUGAAAAAGCAUAAUAGUUUCGGUUAACUUUGAUAAUACAGUACCUUAAACUUGAAAGAGAGAUCUCAAUGUUACUUUGAUUCUAAUUUAUUGCAUUUUAAAAUAAUAAAAGUUCAGAUAAGAAAGACUUGACUUUAGUUCUACAACUUGAUUCAAGUUGUUGCAAAACGAUAACAAAGUGACCGAAUGUCUUAUGCAAUAAAUUUGUUUAGCACAUUUUAAAAUUACCGGCAUAUUCAAAAAUUGAAAUAUAUCGCACAAUUUGAUUUUGCAAGCUUAGUGCAUAAUACCUUAGCGCUUAAGUAUGAAAGCUAGAAAAGGGUUACAUUUGUAGCUACAUAGGAAAUUGUCCUCUAUUGAUAAUUGCCCCUGAAUGUGUAGAUAUAUUUGAUAAAUACAAUCAGCUUAUUAUUCUUAUAGGCUUAAUUAUCUUUUAACAACUGAAGCAUUUAGACCUGCUUAAAACAUCUUUAAUUCAUUUUACUAUAUAUGUGUACAAAUAUCACAUGACCGUCAUUGAAAAAGCAUAAUAGUUUCGGUUAACUUUGAUAAUACAGUACCUUAAACUUGAAAGAGAGAUCUCAAUGUUACUUUGAUUCUAAUUUUAAUGCAUUUUAAAAUAAUAAAAGUUCAGAUAAGAAAGACUUGACUUUAGUUCUACAACUUGAUUCAAGUUGUUGCAAAACGAUAACAAAGUGACCGA